AUGACACAGAACAAAUAUACUGUUAUUCUUCCUACCUAUAACGAGCGCGAAAACCUGCCCAUUAUUACUUGGUUAUUAGCCAAGACAUUCAAAGAGAACAACAUCGAUUGGGAGAUUGUAAUUGUAGAUGAUAAUAGUCCAGAUGGUACACAAGAAGUAGCCAAAGAACUUCAAUCCAUUUAUGGCGACGAUCGUAUUCAACUGAGACCUCGAGCUGGUAAGCUUGGUUUAGGUACAGCUUAUGUGCACGGUCUUCAGUUUGCCUCAGGCACACAUAUUAUUAUCAUGGAUGCCGACUUUUCACAUCAUCCCAAGUUUAUUCCCCAAAUGAUCAGAUUGCAGCAAGAAAAGGAUUAUGAUAUUGUUAGUGGUACAAGAUACAAAAAUGGAGGCGGUGUAUAUGGUUGGGAUUUGAAGCGUAAACUUGUCAGUCGUGGUGCCAACUUUUUAGCCACAAUCAUGCUUCGUCCAAAUGCUUCUGAUCUCACUGGCAGUUUCCGUUUAUACAAGAAAGAUGUUCUCUCUCAAUUGAUUAACGCUACUAUUGCAAAGGGUUAUGUAUUCCAGAUGGAAAUGAUCGUUAGAGCAAGACAAUUCAAUUUUUCUGUAGGUGAAGUGCCUAUUACUUUCGUCGAUCGUGUUUAUGGCGAAAGUAAGAUGGGCAUGUCCGAAAUUGUGCAGUAUGCUCAGGGUGUCUGGAGGUUAUUCACAACUAUCUAA